AUGUCGGAUGUAUUUAUUAGCCAGCAAAGCUACGGAAAAGAUAAUAUUCGAUUAAUUAAAGUGUUUCGAAAUAAAAAUUGGCAUGAAGUUGUGGAACUCACUAUUGAUGUUCUUUUGGAUGGAGACUUCACCGCGGCAUAUACUGAAGCCGAUAAUUCCAAAAUUGUGGCAACCGAUUCAAUGAAAAACACAGUUUAUAUCCUUGCUAAACAAUCUUCUAAUGUUCAGAAUAUCGAAUUAUUUGCUACAGAGAUUGGACGUCAUUUUAUCUUUACUUAUUCUCAUGUUUCUCAAGCCAAUGUUUCGAUUACUAAACAUAAAUGGACUAGAAUGUUGGUUGAUGGUAAAUUUCAUGAUCAUUCUUUUUAUAGGGAUGGUGAAGACACACAUAAUGCCAAAGUUAUUGUUACAAGAAUUAACAAUAAUGAUGAUGAAAAUUCGAUUAAAAUUGAAUCGAUUGAAUCAGGUUUAAAAAAUUUAUUAGUAUUAAAAACAACUGGUUCAAAAUUCUCUGGAUUUAUAAGAGAUAAAUAUACAACACUUCCAGAAACAAAUGAUCGUAUUCUCUCAACUAGUAUUGAUGCUACUUGGACUUAUAAUAUCAUUUCUCCAAAUGUAACAUCAUCAAUUGAAAACAUUAUUAAAUUUGAAUUUGAUAAUAUUUUUGAAUCAAUUCGAUCAAUUACUUUAAAUACUUUUGCUACACAUGAUAGUGAAUCUGUACAAGCUACUUUAUAUCUUAUGGCUAAUUCUGUAUUAAAAUCACAUCCACAAAUUGAAUCAAUUCGUUAUGAAUUACCAAAUAAGCAUAGUUUUGCUUAUGAUCUUGAAAGAUUUGGAUUAAAAAAUGGCGAAAGUAGCGAAGGUAACGAUGCUGAUAUUUUUGUACCUUUUGAUAAACCAAAUGGAAUAAUCACCGCAACAAUUUCAAGGAAAAAAGAAUUAUUGUAG